GUAACAUCUGCCUCUUGUUUUGAGUUAAGCCCCUCCUCACUAUAUUAACCAACACCCUCCGCUCCAUUCCCCAACACCAUUGGAAUUCAGCCCCAAAGGACCCCCACUACUACACCCAAAUCUCCAGACCACAUCUUCAUUCAGUCAUCACCACCGAAAAGGAGCAGAGACAAUGAGUUCGACAUGCAGAGCUUGGAUCGUUGCAGCCAGCAUCGGAGCUGUGGAAGCACUCAAGGACCAAGGCUUCUGCAGAUGGAACCAUGUUCUCAGAUCACUACACCAGCAUGCCAAGACCAAUCUCAGAUCUUAUCCUCAGACCAGGAAGCUCUCUUCUCCUGCUUCCUCCACGGUUAACAGGACGAUCGGUGAAGAGAAGCUGCGGCAAUCUGAGGAGUCCUUCAGAAAAGUCUUGUACUUGAGUUCUUGGGGACCCUGUUGAGUCACUUCCUUCAUCUUGAUUGAGGAGUUGUAAUUAGACUAAAAAUACAGAUACGGAAAUAUCUCUUCUUUAA